CAGGAGGUACUGUCUGCUCCUUUCGCCCGUCAGACUGUCAGGAGAGCACAUGGCCUACGGUCAGGAGCCCACCCCACACUCUUCAACCAGCCUCCCACUGCCCUGUCUCCACAGGUUUGGAGGGGCGCCCCCUCAUGGCAUGGCCAGAGACUGUUGUGUUCCUCAGCUGCUCCAGAGGAGGUGACAGUGGCAUAUCAGAACGGGCUGCCGGUUAUCUCAGUCAGUUUGCCGUCCAGGCGAGAGCGCUGUCAGUUCACCCUCAAGCCUCUCAGCGACUGUGUGGGAGUUUUCCUGCAACAGCUCCAGGCAGAGGACAGAGGCAUCGACCGGGUAGCCAUCUACUCCACGGAUGGAGCGAGGGUUGCCUCUUCCACUGGCAUAGACAUCUUGCUGCUGGAUGAUUUUAAGCUCGUCAUUAAUGACACCACACACCUCGUGCGGCCACCAAGGAGAGAGCUGCUCCCCCAUGAGGAGGCAGAUAGGCUGAACGACGUCAAGUUUCUCGUGCAGCAGCUCUACACCACCCUGCGCAUCGAGGAGCACCAGCUGGGCAAAGAACGUGAGCUGAUCGGACGACUGGAGGACCUCAACUCUCAACUCCGCCCCCUGGAGAAGGUGAGGGAGGAGUUGAGUAAGAAGGCAGAGCGGCGUACCACCUGGGUGCUGUGGGGCGGCAUGGCGUACAUGGCCACCCAGUUUGGCAUCCUGGCCAGGCUCACCUGGUGGGAGUACUCCUGGGAUAUCAUGGAGCCCGUCACCUACUUCAUCACUUACGGCACAGCCAUGGCCAUGUACGCCUACUUCGUGCUUACACGCCAGGAGUAUGUUUACCCCGACGCCAGAGACAGACAGUAUCUGCUGUUCUUCCACAAGGGGGUGAAAAGGACACACUUCGACAUUGAGAAAUACAACAAGCUGAAGGAUGAUAUCGCUGAGGUGGAGUUGGAUCUGAAGCGUCUUCGGGACCCGCUCCAGCUCCAGCUCCCAGUUCAGCAGCUCACCGCCAGUAAAGAUUGAUGGGAAGAGUGACUCCCUUCUCUCUCAGCUCCUACAGCCCUCCUCUUCCCUCCUUCCCCCCUGCUCCCUUCCCCUUGUACCCCCAAAUAUUUCCUCAGACUUUCCCCUCCCACACCCAAUAAUCCCAUCCCUUUCUUGACUGUGGGAGUUAGUUUUUUCUCCUCGUUUUCUUUUUUAUUUUCUUUUUUCCUUUUUACUUUCCUGACUAAAAACUCCAGUUGGAAUUGCAAGUAAAAAUCGCUAAAAGACAAAGAUGGAUGGUGAGAAUACCGGGAACUGAAAAACUCUCACAACCAAAGGAUGGUGACGAUGAUGAAAGGGACAGUGAUGGAAUGAAACUGGGCGCUAUUGAUAUGCCUCAAGUCUCCCAAAGGACAGCCUGCAGGGAACUACAGGGGGCAAACAGGAAUUAUCACACCUCUAAACACUCCAGAGCAGAGCACAUGCAGAGGGGCAGUGUGUGUGUGUGUGUGUGUGUGUGUGUGUGUGUGUGUGUGUGUGUGUGUGUUUGUGUAGGACUUCAGGGCCCACUGGGACACUCUGCCGGCCGACACAGAGGUGUAGUCCUGCUUCGUCAAGCAGUCAAACUGUCAACACACACACCUAGUCUUGGUUGGGGCAGGCUCCAGGGAGGGUCUCUAUCCCACACGUUAAAAGUUUACAAGGAAGUCCUGACAGUCGCAUCAUCAGGGGGACCUUUGUCUGCCUGUGGCUGAACUCUGCUGCCUCUCCCUCCCUGGGCUGCGCCUUCUCCAGGUGAUGGACAGCUGUCCCUCCCAGUGUGACCUUUGUCAGGAGUCUGGCAGGAUAUAGGCAUGACGACGCCUCGUUUCCUCUUCCUGUUGAUGUCCUGUAGCUGCCCAGUCUGUCUGCGCAAGUAUGAGAGUACAACCGACAACAACAUCACUGUGUGUUCUUUUAUUCCAAAAAAAAAAAAGAAAUAUUUUGGCACUUUUUAUUUUGAAAGCCAUAGUAUAUUUGUUAUGAAAAGAAUAUAAAUAUAUAUAUGUAUACAAUCAAAUAAACAGAUGACCAGAGGCUAGUUUUUGUCAGUGGGGGGAGGAACUCUCUUGCAAACAUAAUUUCAUCAGAAACUCAUUUCCAUCCUCUGAAGAUCUCAUAAAAUGAAGGAACCCCCCCCACCCCCAACAGUGAAACACACAUCAAGAUGAAGUCAAAUGCGCACACACACAAAACAGCAUUAUACUGUAUGCAUUUACUACCUUGAACUUAACAAUUUCAUAUCUUUUCAUGACAAACACUCACAGUAUAUUUCACGGUAACUACAUCGAGGUUGGACAUAAGUCUCCUGUGCAUGGACACCAAGGGUGGUGUGGGGUGGCGGGAAAUGUUGAAGCCAAAUCAGGGUGAAAAGUGGCUUCGAUUUGAAUUGAUUGUGUUUUAAGCAACACAAAAUAUUGAUGUGGAUAAUGUCAUGCUUGACCUCUAUAGUCUUCUCAUGAGUACAAAGAUUGCUGCGGAAAUGUUUAAAAAAUUAAGGGGUUCAAAUGUUGAGUGAACAUUUCCUCAGACAAACCCACAGGCAUGUUGCAGUUCAGUACAUCUGAUGAACUGAAUGGCUUAAAAAAAAAAAAAAAAGAAAGUCGGAGUAUACAGGAGGAGCAGAAUUGUUCUUGAAAGUGUCAAAUGACAAUUUCCAGAUUUUCAGUGACCCGGCCUUUAGCUCAGACGCAUGUGAUGUGCAUUUCAACAUCUGAAUCUUUUUUAACUCUUCCUCAUGAAGCUUAUAGACAAAAUAACAAAAAGUUGCAUCUGAAAAAAAAGCGUCAUGGCAUCUAUUCGCAGAGGAUUUUUUCAUCCUGAAAUAAAGGCAGGGUUUUCUCCUCCCACUGUUGCUGUAAUGCCCCCCUGCUCCCUCGAUGGCAAGGCAGGGUGGACUGCAUGCUGUGGUAUGCCCUCAGUAGAAAUUUGUGAAUGUGUAGGAGCAUUAUUGCAAUUUUGUACUUAAUUGGACACUUUUCUUUUCGGCAUUCCUCACCCCCAUUGGUUAAGUCAAAUGUUAUAUAGAAGCCAUAUGUUUAUGUACUGCAGCCACAUCAGGGUAAAAAAUGGCUUUGAUUGGAAUAAAUUGUGUUCAAGCAACACAAAAUAUCGAUGUGGAUAAUGCCAUGCUUGACCUCUGUAAUCAUCUCAUGAACACAGAGAUUGCUGUGGAAAUGCUUAAGAUAAUGAAGGGGUUCAAAUGUUGAGUGCCAUUGCCUCAGACAAACCCACAAGCAUGUUGCAGUUUAAUAUAUCUGAAGAAAAGUAAAGUCGCAUUAUACAGGAGGAGCAGAAUUUGAGUGAAUUGCCUGAAGUUUAAUAUCCCUUUUCCCCAGUAUCAUAUAUUUUUUUUCCUUUUCAAACUGCAAGUAUUGUUCUUGGAGGUGUAAAAUUUACAUUUUCAGUGACCCGGCCUUUAGCUCAACAGCAUGUGAUGUGCAUUUCAACAUCUGAAUCUUUUCUAACUCUUCCUCAGAAAACAAAAUAACAAAAGGUUACGUCUAAAAAAAAAAAAAAAAAAAAGAAAAAAAAAAAGGGCAUCAUGGCAUUGAUCCACUGAGGCUUUUUUCAUCCUGAAAUAAAGGCAGAGUUUUCUCCUCCCACUGUUGCUGUAAUGCCCCCCUUCUCUCUCAAUGGCAAGGCAGGGUAGACUGCAUGCUGUGGUAUACCCUCAGUAGAAAUUUGUGAAUGUGUAGGAGCAUUAUUGCAGUUCUGUACUUAAUUGGACAAUUUUCUUUGCCGCAUCUAGCUGAAGUCUCAGCCCCCUCCCCCCACUGGUUAAAUCAAAGGUUAUAGAAGCCAUAUGUUUAUGUUGUCCGUUUAUUUGGGAUGGUGGCUGAAUAAACCUUUGUCAGCUUCACUUAGUUUUCUGUUCAGGGCAAGGAUUGGCGGCCCUCAGUUAUUUUCACUCGGAACUGCUAUAGAUCACCUCUGCAGAGGGGAAGCACAAUGACAUGACGUCCCUGCACAUGGACUCAAGAUCAUCUCCUGCUUGUGAGUUUCAUGUGGACACUUGGCUGAAUCCUGCUGAAGAGAUCCUUGUGUUUAACUGAAGAUUUUCUAUUAAAAUGCAUGAUUUUAGGCCCAAUCAAAAGUUAGCCAUGCAGAUCUCAAAGCAGGAUUUGGUCUAAACUUUUACUGUGUGUGUGCGUGUGUUUUAUCUCCAAGGGAAAUUGUGCCUUUUCGAUGACUGAUGUUAACGGUAAAUACAAAGUAGCAAUUUGGUAAACAGCAAUGAUGAGAUCAUUGAGAAAGGUAAUCUCUUAUUUGGAAUGACACCUCCAUAUCAAUGAGGUUAAAUUUGAAUGUUUGGAAGUGGAAAUCAGUCUUUCUGUGUGUCUGUGAACGUGUGUUUGUUGAAUCCCCGUGUAGACGAGUGUGUGUGCGCUGGGGGCAAAGUUCAGAUCACCAUAUUCAUGAAUCCUUUGACCCUAAUCACUACCUUGUCGAUAGCAGUUUAAAAAAAAUCUAUUCCGCCCACAUCCCACUUCAUAGCAGUUAUUAGCUUCAAACUCAUUUUUCCUGAAUAGGCCAACUUACACACACACACACACACACACACACACACACACACACACACACACACACACACACACACACACACACACACACACACACACACACACACACACGAUGACGAUGGUGUUUCCUUGGAGAUGUACUGUGGGAGGUGAGAGAGUUGAGGCAUCUGUCUGCAGUCCAAUCCUCCCCUCUGCUGUUGCUACACUUUCUCUCCAUGAUCACCUCCUCCUUUUUUAUCCUGCCAUCCACCAUUUAUUGCCUUUUGUUCUUUUUCUCGUUUCUUUUUUAAAAACUAAAAUAUAUCAAAUAUAGGGAAACUUUACUAUAAAGAGGGUGUUGCAUGAAUGUAUGUUUACAUGAGAAAAAAAGAUGAUUUAUCAAAAAAAAAACUGCAAAGAUAAUUUAAGAACGUUGUUUGUAGAGAUUCCUAGUAAUAAAGGGGCAGUGGACAGGGCUGCGUCUUUAGAAUCUGCUCUGCCAAAUCUGACUUAAAUCCCAGCCAACCAACCACUCCCCAUCAAACCCCACUCCCAUUUUCAUCUUAUAUACUCCCAUAAACCCCUCCUCCCUCAGCGUUCAUCUAUACUCCCCAAAAAAUGGAAAAACACCCUCCAUCCUCUGUGCACCUAUAACCUUGACCUCAGUUACUAACGUCCUGGAUUUGAGUCCAAAGGAAAAGUGUCAGGCGCACUCUGUUAGCUUUUUGGGGAACACCUCCCGGUCUUGUCCCCCUCUCCUGUCAUUUUCAUCCAGCCUCAGCCUUUUUUCUCCAAAAUAACAUUUUUAUUCUAUGUUUUGAAUGUGUGUUAUGUUUUGAAUACCUUGUUUGUGCGCAUUUACAAUAAGAAGCGUUUUAAAUGCCUAAAGAGUGACGCAGAAUAUAGGAUUGAAAUGAUCUUGUACUCCAUCCUGACCUCUUAAUUUAUUUACUUUUUCUUGUCUUUUUUUUCUUCUGUUGACAUAUGAUGCUGUAAUGUUGGCAAAAAAGAAAAUGUAAAAUCCUGUAUCAUUUAUGAAAUAUGUAUAAAAGAGAUAUGUUAUUCAAUUAUCAAUAAAAUCCUUAUCCAGUUUUUGGA